CGCGGCUGGCGCAGUUGCGGUACGCAAGCACUCCGGAGUGGAGCGCAACUUCGGAACCGCGUGCAGUGGGUGGGAGUUGCAGCCCUCGUGAGUCAAGAGAGCGAAGAGUAACCGAAAGAACGGACUUCUACUCAGUCUGUCCGCGGCCGUCCGUCAAGCAGACGUCUCCGACUCUUGUCUUUUCCCCUACUUCCCCCGUUUUCGUCCGUCGUUCAUCGAGUGCUUGUUUCGCAGUGUCUCAAAGACCUCGUGGGAGCCACAUGGUGUCCAUCGCGCGAUUGUUACCUCUAACACCCUAAGUGUCGCCACCGUUCGCGUCGAUUACGAGAAUCGAUAUUAAUCAUCGUACACACGCUUAUGACAGUUUGUCGCGUUGGUUCGUACUUCGUGCAUGAGAACGACUGGAACGUGUGAUCAAGUGGCAAGACGUGCAAGUAUGUGGUACGCGAAUUUUUUCGCUGGCCUAAUAGGCCUGAUCUUUAUUGUUGGUUCGCCACCCUGGUGUUCAGAUGCGUUUAACGUCGAUACCAAACACUACGCCGUUUAUCGAAGAGAUCCCAGCUCCAUGUUCGGAUUUGCUGUCUCCGUCUACAGAGCCAGGGACGGUCGAGGAUACGUGAUAGUGGGCGCGCCGGAAGCCGAAACUGCCCAGAAGGACGUCUACAGAGGUGGCGCUGUCUACGAGUGCGACAUCACAGUUGAUGACCGGUGCACCUUAAUGGAAUUCGACAAUACAGGGCAUAACCACAUCAGAAAUCCAAGUGUACCGGGUGCUCUCAGUCAGAUCGAUAACAAAACCCUUCAAUGGUUCGGUGCCACGGUUUCCGCGUCGUUCGAAGAUGGAGGACCCAUAAUGGCGUGCGCCCCGAGGUACGUCUGGUUCUCGUUGUCCCAGCAGAAGUACGAUCCGGAUGACAAUCGAUGGAGCAAGGAGUCGACCGCUGGAAACCGAAGGGAACCAGUCGGCACAUGCUGGGUCGUCCCCGGAAACUUCAACAAGCCGCUGGAAUUUUCACCCUGUCGAACCAGGUACUGGGGAUACCAUAGACAGGGUACGUGUCAAGCUGGAUUCGGCGCUGCCAUGUCCAAGAACGGUAAGAGGCUGUUCAUCGGGGCGCCAGGAAGUUGGUACUGGCAAGGUCAGUUAUACUCGAUCGACACCAGUUUGAGACUGCCGUUCCAGGCGUCCGUCUUGUUCGCCCCCGAAGCAGAAGAAUCAGGCCAAGCGUUUUCACAGCCGACGAACAACCCCGCGAAAAGAAUGUUCACGAAGGAAGGGCCGGCGACCGAGGACGAUAGCUACAUGGGUUACUCUGUCACGACCGGCGAUUUUUUUGGCAACGGUGACAGCGGCACCGCCGUCGGCGUACCCCGUGGCUCCGAACUUCUUGGCAAAGUCAUUCUUUUUACCUCGAACAUGACGAAUCCUCGCAAUGUCACUGGAGAGCAAAUGGGAGCUUAUUUCGGUUACGCCGUUGCUUCCGGCGAUAUCGAUGGCGAUGGGUUAGACGAUCUUAUAGUUGGUGCGCCUAUGUACACGGUACCAGAUAACCCGGAAAUGACCAUCGAGACCGGAAGAGUGUACGUGAUCUAUCAAAGCGUUGGACCUGAAAAGUUCCGCAAAAUUGACUCUAGGGACGGGGAAAGCAACCGUGGCCGAUUCGGCUUGUCAUUGGCCACUCUGGGGGACAUCGACCGUGACGGGUACGGCGACUUCGUGGUGGGUGCUCCUUACGGUGGUCUACGUGGUCACGGCGCCGUGUACAUCUACAACGGUUCGCCGACCGGCGUGCAGGAAAAAUACUCGCAGGUGAUCUACGCUGAGAACCUCGACGUGCCGAUGGAGACCUUCGGGUUUUCCGUGGCUGGUGGCCUGGAUCUCGAAGGGAAUAAUUACCCCGACCUCGUGGUAGGCGCCUAUGAGUCUGGCACCGCUGCGUUCUUCAGGUCCAGGCCGGUCAUUCAGGUGGACUCUUACGUGUCGUUCGAUCUAGAGUCGAAGCUGAUCUCGCUGGAUGACAGGAAUUGCACGCUGUCCGACAGGAGCAGGGUUACCUGUCUGCCUCUCAGGGCUUGCUUCAAGUACACAGGGGAGGGCGUGGGCCCUGCGCACCGCUUCGACGUACAGUACGUCCUGGACGUGAAGAAGACCAAGAACCCCAGACUGUUCUUCUUGGAGCUGGAGGGGAAGAAUACUAUGAAACGCAUGAUCCGGGUGGAACAGAAUCAACAGUUAUGUCACACUGUGCAGGUCUACGUGACACCAAACAUCCGAGACAAGUUGACAUCCCUGGACGCCGAAAUGAGGAUAAGUCUCCACGAGGUAGGCUUCAGGCAACAAAACCGAGCAAGGAACCCCACGGAUCCCUUGGACCCCAUUCUCGGCUCGACGUCGUCCAGGAAGGACUCUUUGUUCAUCAGAAAGAACUGCGGCCCAGACAACGUCUGCAUCCCCGAUCUCCAGAUGAAGGUGGCGUCGAACGUGCAGAAGUACCUGCUGGGCUCUGGCAAACGGCUCGAACUAGACGUCCUCGUGCACAACAUGGGCGAGGAUGCAUUCGAGGCGACGUACAACUUGAAGCUACCCACCGGGAUCGAUUACAUCAAGGUGGAGAAGAUAGAGACCAUGGGGGUGCCUGUGCAAUGCUCCGCGCCCAAACAGACGAACAACAACACCCUUCGUUGCGAUAUCGGGAAUCCAUUACAGAAGAACGGACUGGUGAAGUUCAAGGUGCUGCUGCAACCUGUCACGUCUCACGGGAUGAAACCCAUCUACGAGUUCGAGAUGAACGUGAACACGACCAAUCCCGAGAAUCCGUCCACCACAGACGACAACGCGUAUGCCCUGAAGCUGCCAAUCUGGAUCGAGACUGAUCUACGAGUGGAUGGCGAGAGCAAACCGAAGGAUCUGUAUUACAAUCCGGAUAAUUAUACCCUGGACGCGAACGCCAGCACCGAGGCGGAGUUCGGACCUGCUAUGACGCACAAUUAUACUAUUAGGAACCAGGGUCCGUCGGAUGUCAUCGAGGCGGAGGCUUUUCUCAUUUGGCCUGCGCAAACCUUGGCUGGGAACGAGCUACUCUAUUUGCUUGAACAGCCUGAAACUUCUGGACCCAUCGUCUGCGAGUCUGCCAAUGCGAAUUACCUUAGUCUGCAGUUGGACAAACGCAGAAAGGUGUACUCGCACCACGCGGAACCAUCUGGAGUGUACCUGCACGAGUCGGGCAAGACGAUCAACGUGCAACGGGAAUUCGGUAUCAAACCAGAAGUUCUAAUCACGUCGCAGAAUAACUCGGGAGUGAGUACCAUAAGCACCGGAGACCUGUCUUCAGGCAACACUGGCAUGAGCUUCCAUAUGGAAUCUGGCAGUCAUGGAAGCACUGUGGGCACUUUGGGCAGUGGUUUCCGGACCAGCGAUGCCAGCACUUUGGGUGCAAAGGAACCUGACUUCGAAGGCCGGCUGUUGCAUCAAUCUCGCAACAAUUCUGGAGCCUACGAGAACCGCUGGAAUGUUGAAAGUAAUGCUUCUGCGAAUCACUUUGACAGAUUUCGCUCUGAAUCGAACGCGAGCGACGAAGGAUACCAGGAAUGGAUGAGACACGUGCUGGAGCAAGAGGCACAACGUCGACACGAUGAAGAGUUCAAGAGACAACGAGAGGAACAGGAACGUUUGGAUUAUGAAAUGCGACAGAAAGAGGAGGAAAGAAAGUUUCGAAAGGAGGAACAAGAGGAAGAGGAGGAACGAAGAAGACAAGAGGAAGAGGAGGAACGAAGAAGACAGGAGGAAGAGGGGGAACGAAGAAGAAUGGAGGAACAGGAGAUACGAAGGAGACAGUGGGAAGAGGAGAUGCGAAAGAGGCAAGAGGAGGAACAGAGAAGAAUACAGGAAGAGACGAGUAGACGUUACGAAGCUUCUUCUAGAGGAUAUGGCGGUGGACAGGGUAGGUUGAUCAGUGGUGAUAGAGAGGAAACUAUUCGGCCAGGAGAAUUCGGAUUCCAGCUGCGUAACGUUAGCUCCACGCAGGAUCUUGAACGAUUAUUCGGAUCCUUAUCGAAAUCAGCGAGUGGCUAUGAGCUGUACCAGAGACAGGGCAAGCAUUAUGUUCAAUUUAUGGGGCGAUUUAGAACAUCUCCUGAUGAGAGAGAGUUCAUAGAAUUCCAGGAUGGCUCUACGUUUCCUCUUCAGAACAGUUACGGUAGUCAGAGCUAUAGCUCAGGCUCUGCUGGGCCUACGGACAGCAAAUUCUUGAGGAUAGAGGGUGAAUUUUUCAUCGAUUCAAAUGGGAGGAGGUACAUUGUGCUUAACGAUGGUCGUAGGUUCCCUCUACAGGGUUCCUUCACCUAUACCGAAGAAAGAACGUACACGUUGGAUCCACGUGGCUACCAAGGAGGUAGGACAGGUAGUAAUUACGAAUCGAGAAAUUAUAGUCAUUCUUGGAACGAAGGGCCUAGGCAAGAUGGUGGCAUAGAAAGGGAACACGAGACCCAGUAUACCAGUACUCACGAGGAAAGGAGAACAGAGGAAAGAAAGGUGACUAGCAGGGUCUAUGGAAGAGACAAUCGCGAAACCUUCGAAGAGGGUGCAUCGACUAGGGUUCCCAACACUAACGAAGGCUCCAGGUUGAAGAGAGAAAGCGACAUGAUUAGCGUAAAGGAGUUCAAGAAGUUCGAGAAACUUCACAGAAUACCUAGGGACCUGGACAAAGACCCUAUGAUCCCCCAGGGCGAAGUUGACGACACUGUGGAUGACGAGAGUGAUCCUAAGUCACAGGGAUCGAUUGGCCACUGUGACAGUGCCAAGUGUGUCGCACUGAAAUGCGUUUUGGGUCCCCUGAAGAAAGAUCAGGAGGUCUGGAUUGUGGCUAGGUACAGGGUAGACGCGAGGACACUAAAGAAGGUGACUCUUCAGGAGAAAGUCAUGGUCUCGACUAAAUUGGUAGCUAAGGUCACGAAGCAGCCGUACAUUGGUGCACCUGCUGAACAGAUGAUGAGGAGCCAUGAAAUUAAGACAAACGUCGAACCAAGUAUAACGCCAUCUGUGCCGGAUGUUAUUCCACUAUGGGUUGUGGUGCUCUCUGCCUGUGCUGGAACGAUCAUCCUACUGCUGCUUAUUUUCUUGCUACACAAGUGCGGAUUCUUCAAGAGGAACAGACCGUCUGACGCCCCAGAGAGGGAGCCAUUGAACAGGAACGGCGACUUCUAACACGAUGGCGAUUACUGUAAAAGAUUAGCCAAGACUCGACCAGCGGGAUCCAUUUCCGAAAAUCGUCGAACGAUCUGAACGAACGAGCCAGGAAGUGCCUUAAUCCUCCUCGAAUCUCGCGAAGGAGCUGAUCUAUGCACUGGCUGGGUCACAGCUCGUCACACGAGCAACGAGACUAACUGUAAUUAACAAAAUCGCGAGUGCCUUUAAUCUCCAGGCCAGAACAGGCAAACUGCGAACAACCAUUUGCAGAAACGAGGUUCUGGAGCGAUUCUGCGAUUAUUUUUUACUGCCACUGAAUACUCCUUCCAGCUCCUGCAGCUCGAUCAUGCAAGUUUCUAGUCAGGAGACGUUCUUUUUUUCCCUUUCUCUUAAUUAUUAUUAUACUCUCCUCUUCUCCCUCUUCUUUUUCCAAUUGUCUGUAAUUUACUUAAGCCAUUCGCUCGUCGAUUGUAACGAGCAAUAACGAUCGAACUGCCUCGAUGAUGUGGAGAUUGAAAGAAAAAUAGUCCGCAGAAAUGCCUUGCUAUUUAUACGUUGGAGAAUAGGUUGCACUUUUGUACUCCGUUUUAGAGCUUAUCGUUACUUAUCCUUCCCUCGAGAAAACGUUUGCGUGCGAAGAAUUCUGUAAAACAUGGCGACCGAAGGGGAAACGAUUUAUUUCUGAUUUUAUUCGACGGAAUUGUGUACAAACGAUAAUUUGCUUCUUGCGAUCCAAACAAUUGCGAAAUAGUUCGAGAUUGCCGAGAUAACUGUCCAGUUUUGUGCAUUGUAAAUAUACGACGGUAUAUUCAGGCUUUUCUGCUGAGAUGCUCAGUAUGUCGAUGUAAUUCUGGUUUCCAUUGGUAAGGACGUUUAAUCGGCCUGAAUGCUUCGAGAUUCACGUCGACAGGGAUCUCAUUCAUCGACAGUCGAUUUACGUUUUCUCUCCACUAUUUUCUUGUUUUUUUAACGAGCUCGAGAACGGGAGUUUUCGAUUAUUUAUUUGAAAUUUCUACAUUAUUAUAUGUAUAUGUAUAACGUAUGAUAGA